AUGACCGUGAGGGGCUGCGGGACGGCUGAGGGGUGCGGGGGGAGGGUGAAGAGUACGAGGAGGGAGGGGGGGGGGUUUACGACAAUGCCUAUAAGAAAACGGCAAUACGAUCUUAUAAUAAUACCGAUAUUGAAAGAAGAUGGGAUCAAAGAAAAUAGAAAGCCUUGGCCGUUUCAUAGAGAUUAUAAGACGAAUUACGAGAAGUUGGAUAUAGGAGAUUAUGAGGAAGCUACUGAGGCUUUCGAUAUUGAUAGUUUUGGAGACACGAGCAGUCGGCUGGACGUGUCAGGGUUGACUGGUAGCGGUCCACAGAGACUGGGGUUGGACUACCCUUUGGGGAAUUACGAGGAAGAUAAAAUAGUGGGAGGUUUUGAAGUUGAUAUCAACCUGUAUCCUUACCAUGUAGCAUACGGAACCAAUUGUGGAGGAGCCAUCAUUGAUAGAAAGUGGAUCAUCACUGCUGGGCAUUGUGGUAUUAUAGGAGGUCAUGAUGUAACUAUAGAUCGUGUGCCACAUCAUAUAAGUUAUGGGGAUGUUUGUGGAGGUGUUCUUGUUCAUAGAAAAUGGGCGCUGACAGUCGCUCAUUGUGGGUAA